GUUUGAAACAGAAACAGUAUCAGUUCCAGAGCAGCAGCAGCAGGAGCAGAGAGCUAAAAUGACCUCCACCGGCCUGAACAUGAACAGCAGGAUCACCUUCUACGAGGACAGGAACUUCCAGGGUCGUUCCUACGAGUGCAUGAGUGACUGCCCCGACAUGACCUCCUACCUGAGCAGGUGUCACUCCUGCAGGGUUGAGAGCGGCUGCUUCAUGAUCUACGAUCGCCCCAACUACAUGGGAAACCAGUGGUUCAUGAGGAGGGGAGAGUACCCUGACUACCAGCGUAUGAUGGGCCUGUCUGAUAUCAAGUCCUGCCGUAUGAUUCCCAUGCACAGGGGACCUUUCAGGAUGAGGAUCUACGAGAGGGAGAACUUCGGGGGCCAGAUGCACGAGAUGAUGGACGACUGCGAGGACAUCGUGGGCCGCUACCGUAUGAGCAACUGUAUGUCCUGCAACGUGAUGGACGGCCACUGGCUCAUGUACGAGCAGCCCCACUUCAAGGGCAAGAUGAUGUACAUGAGGCCCGGGGAGUACCGGAACUUCAGCCAGAUGAGCAUGGGCUCCAUGGGCCGCUGCAUGAGCAUGAGGAGGAUCAACGAGUCCUGUUACUAGGAUGUAAAUAAGAGAAGCCACUAAAUAAAAUGGGAAUCUGAAAGAA